UCUUCUUCAAGGGACCACUCCAAGGGAAUAAUACAAGAAGAUUGAAGCAUCAUAAAAGUUUGGAAUGGACAAACUCAGAAUGGUGCUACAUGACAGCUCUGGAUCUGCUGGCUUUAAAAGGUGUUCUGUCCACUUCGGUGCCUUCACUCUUGCUGUGGUCUCAGUUCUCUGUGCCUGUUUGGUCACCAGUGCUCUUGGGGGAACAAACAAGGAGCUGAGGCUGGCGGCUGGUAAAAAGUGUUCUGGGAGAGUGGAGGUGAAAGUCCAGGAAGAGUGGGGAACUGUGUGCAACAACGGCUGGGACUUGGCGGCCGUCUCCGUCGUUUGUAAGCAGCUGGGGUGUCCGACUGUCAUCACAGCCACAGGAUGGACCAAUUCCAGUGCAGGCACUGGGCGCAUUUGGAUGGAUCAUGUGUCUUGUCGAGGCAAUGAAUCAGCUCUCUGGGAUUGCAAACAUGAAGGGUGGGGAAAGCAUAACUGUACUCACCAACAGGAUGUAGGAGUCACCUGCUCAGAUGGAUCUGAUUUGGAGAUGAGGCUGAUGAAUGGAGGAAACCGGUGCUCAGGAAGAAUAGAGAUCAAAUUCCAGGGCCAGUGGGGAACAGUGUGUGAUGAUAACUUCAACUUGAAUCAUGCUUCUGUGGUUUGUAAACAGCUUGGAUGUGGAAGUGCUAUCAGUUUCUCUGGCUCAGCUAAUUUUGGAGAAGGGUCUGGGCCAAUCUGGUUUGAUGAUCUGGUUUGCCAUGGAAAUGAGUCAGCUCUCUGGAACUGCAGACACGAAGGAUGGGGAAAGCACAACUGUGAUCACGCUGAAGAUGCUGGAGUGAUUUGCUUAGAGGGAGCUGACCUGAGCCUGAGAGUGGUAGAUGGAGUCACCAAGUGUUCAGGAAGAUUAGAAGUGAGAUUCCAAGGAGAAUGGGGGACAGUGUGUGACGAUGGCUGGGACAGUGACGAUGCUGCUGUAGCAUGUCAGCAAUUGGGAUGUCCGACUGCCAUCACUGCCAUCGGUAGAGUCAAUGCCAGUGAGGGAACUGGACACAUUUGGCUUGACAGUGUUUCCUGCCAAGGACAUGAAUCUGCUAUCUGGCAGUGCAGACAUCACGAAUGGGGAAAGCAUUACUGCAAUCAUAACGAAGACGCUGGUGUGACCUGUUCUGAUGGAUCAGAUCUCGAACUGAGACUCAAAGGUGGAGGUAGCCGCUGUGCUGGGACAGUGGAGGUGGAAAUUCAGAAAUUGACAGGGAAAGUGUGUGACAGAGGCUGGGGACUGAAAGAAGCUGAUGUGGUUUGCAAGCAACUGGGAUGUGGAUCUGCACUCAAAACAUCCUAUCAAGUUUAUUCCAAAGUUCCGGCAACAAACACAUGGCUGUUUUUAAGCAACUGCAAAGGAAAUGAAACUUCUAUCUGGGACUGCAAGAACUGGCAAUGGGGUGGGCUUAGUUGUGAACACUAUGAUGAAGCCAAAGUUACUUGCUCAGCCCACAGGGAACCCAGACUAGUCGGAGGGGACAUUCCCUGCUCCGGUCGUGUUGAAGUGAAGCAUGGCGACACUUGGGGCACCAUCUGUGAUUCUGACUUCUCUCUGGAAUCGGCCAACGUGCUCUGCAGAGAAUUAGAGUGUGGCAGCGUUGUUUCCAUCCUGGGGGGAGCUCACUUUGGAGAAGGAAAUGGACAGAUCUGGGCUGAAGAAUUCCAGUGUGAGGGCAAUGAGUCCCAUCUUUCACUCUGCCCUGUUGCACCCCGCCCAGAUGGGACAUGUAGCCACAGCAAGGACAUUGGAGUAGUCUGCUCAAGAUACACAGAAGUUCGCUUGGUGGGUGGAAAUACCCCGUGUGAAGGAAGAGUGGAGGUCAAGAUUCUUGGGACCUGGGGACGUCUCUGCAACUCUCACUGGGACAUGGAAGAUGCUCACGUUUUGUGCCAGCAGCUUAAAUGUGGAGUUGCUGCUUCUAUCCCAGGAAGAGCACCUUUUGGGAAAGGCAGUGGGCAGCUCUGGAGACACAUGUUCCACUGCACUGGGACAGAACAGCACAUGGGUGAUUGUCCUGUAACUGCUCUGGGUGCAUCGCUGUGUCCUGAAGGGCAAGUGGCCUCUGUAAUCUGCUCAGGAAAUCGGAGUCAGACACUAUAUCCAUGCAAUUCAUCUUCUUCGGAUCCGAAAAGCUCCGUUGUUUUGGAAGAAAAUGGUGUUCCUUGCAUAGGGAGUGGACAGCUCCGCCUGGUAAAUGGAGGUGGGCGUUGUGCCGGGAGAAUAGAGGUCUAUCAUGAGGGCUCCUGGGGCACCAUCUGUGAUGACAGCUGGGACCUGGAUGAUGCCCACGUGGUGUGCAGGCAGCUGGGCUGCGGUGUGGCCAUUAAUGCCACGGGUUCUGCUCAUUUUGGGGAAGGAUCAGGGCCCAUCUGGCUGGAUGAGGUGAACUGUAAUGGAAAAGAAUCUCGCAUUUCUCAGUGCCGUUCCCAUGGCUGGGGGCGGCAGAACUGCAGGCAUAAGGAGGAUGCAGGAGUUAUCUGCUCAGAGUUCAUGUCUCUCAGACUCAUCAGUGACACCAGCAGCGAGACCUGUGCAGGGCGCCUGGAAGUUUUUUACAGUGGAGCUUGGGGCAGCGUGGGAAAGAGUGACAUGUCUGCAACCACAAUAGGGGUGGUAUGCAGGCAGCUCGGCUGUGCGGACAAAGGGAGUAUCAGACCAGCACCUUCAGACAAGGUGGAGCACAGGUACAUGUGGGUGGACAAUGUCCAGUGUCCUAAGGGACCUGAAACCUUAUGGCAGUGCCCAUCAUCUCCAUGGAAGAGGAGACUGGCCAGCCCCUCAGAGGAGACCUGGAUCACAUGUGCUGGCAGCAGACAGCUCCGCCUGGUGGACGGGGGCGGUCCCUGCGCCGGGAGAGUGGAGAUCCUUCACCAGGCCUCCUGGGGCACCAUCUGUGGAUUUGUGCGUCUGGCUGGAGGGGAUGGGCCCUGCUCAGGGCGAGUAGAAGUGCAUUCUGGAGAAGCCUGGACCCCAGUCUCUGAUGGAAACUUCACACGCCCCACUGCUCAGGUCAUCUGUGCAGAGCUGGGUUGUGGGAAGGCUGUGUCUGUCCUGGGACAAGUACCCUUCAGAGAGUCCGAUGGCCGGGUCUGGGCUGAAGAGUUCAGGUGUGAGGGGGAGGAGCCUAAGCUCUGGUGGUGCCCCAGAGUGCCCUGUCCAGGGGGCACUUGUCACCACAGUGGAGCUGUUCAGGUUGCCUGUUCAGUGUACACAGACAUCCGGCUUAUGAAAAAUGGUACCUCUAAUUGUGAGGGGCAGGUGGAGAUGAAUAUUUCUGGACGAUGGAGAGCAUUCUGUGCCUCCCACUGGAGUCUGGCCAAUGCCAAUGUUGUCUGUCGUCAGCUCGGCUGUGGAGUCGCCAUCUCCACCCCAAAUGGGGCAGAAGGAAGUGAUCAGCUCUGGAAAGCCCGAUUUCACUGCUCAGGGACUGAGUCCUUCCUGUGGAAAUGCCCUAUGACUGCCCUGGGUGUUCCUGACUGUUCCCAUGGCAAUAAGGCCUCUGUGAUCUGCUCAGGAAAUCAGACCCAGGCGCUGCCCCAGUGCAACGAUUCCGUGUCUGAACCAGCAGGGUUUGCAACCUCAGAGGAGAGCGCCCCUUACUGCUCAGACAGCAGACAGCUCCGCCUGGUGGACGGGGGCGGUCCCUGCGCCGGGAGAGUGGAGAUCCUUGACCAGGGCUCCUGGGGCACCAUCUGUGAUGAUGGCUGGGACCUGGACGAUGCCCGCGUGGUGUGCAGGCAGCUGGGCUGUGGAGAAGCCCUCAAUGCCACGGGGUCUGCUCACUUCGGGGCAGGAUCAGGGCCCAUCUGGCUGGACGACCUGAACUGUGCUGGAAAUGAGUCCCAGGUGUGGAGGUGCCCUUCCCGGGGCUGGGGGCGGCACGACUGCAGACACAAGGAGGACGCGGGAGUCAUCUGCUCAGAGUUCCUGGCCCUCAGGAUGGUCAGCAAGGACCAGCAGUGUGCUGGGUGGCUGGAAGUUUUCUACAACGGGACCUGGGGGAGUGUCUGCCACAGCCCCAUGGACGAUGUCACCGUGUCCGUCAUCUGCAGUCAGCUUGGCUGUGGGGACAGUGGAACCCUCAGCUCUUCUGUUGCUCUUAGGGAAGGUUCUAGACCUCGGUGGGUAGAUUUAAUCCAAUGUCGGAAAACAGAUACCUCUCUCUGGCAGUGUCCUUCUGACCCUUGGAAAUACAGUUCAUGCUCUCCAAAGGAGGAAGCCUACAUCUCAUGUGCAGGAAGAAGACCCAAGAGCUGUCCAGCUGCUGCCCCCUGCACAGACAGAGAGAAGCUCCGGCUCAGGGGAGGAGACAGCGAGUGCUCAGGGCGGGUGGAGGUCUGGCACAGCGGCUCCUGGGGCACCGUGUGCGAUGACUCCUGGAGCCUGGCAGAGGCCGAGGUGGUGUGCCAGCAGCUGGGCUGUGGCCAGGCCCUGGAAGCCCUGCAGGCUGCGACGUUUGGCCCUGGAAAUGGGAGCAUCUGGCUGGACGAGGUGCGGUGCGGGGGCCGGGAGUCCUCCCUGUGGGACUGUGCUGCGGAGCCCUGGGGGCAGAGCGACUGCAAGCACGAGGAGGAUGCUGGUGUGAGGUGCUCUGGUGUAAGGACAACAUUGCCCACGACUACAGCAGGGACAAGAACAACCUCAAAUCCUCUCCCUGGUGUCUUCUCCCUGCCUGGGGUCCUCUGCCUCAUCCUGGGAGCCCUUCUCUUCCUGGUCCUCAUCAUCCUGGUGACUCAGCUGCUCAGAUGGAGAGCAGAGCGCAGAGCCUUAUCCAGCCAUGAAGAUGCUCUUGCUGAAGCCGUGUAUGAGGAGCUUGAUGACUUUGUGACUCGGAAAGAGGGUCUUCUUGGUAGUCCAGGCUUCCUGUCAGAUGACACAGUGAUUAAACUGCCGUAUUACACCAGGGACGGUGAGGAGUACAGUGACUACAGAUCUGCACCAGGGGAACCCCCAGAUCAGAGGACUGAUGUCCCUGCUGAAAAUUACGAUGAUGCUGAAGAGGUAUUAGUGCCUGGGCCUCCUCCUGCCUCUCAGAGGAGUGAGGAAAAAGUGUUCCCAGAGGAGAAUGGGGCGAGAUCCCCCCAGAAAGGCUCUUCUCUGAACUUCUCCAGAGAGGUGGCUGAUCCUGGGGAAGGAGAAGAGAGCCCCUGGCUGCUCCAGGGGAAGAAAGGGGACCCUGGGUAUGAUGACGUUGAGCUAAGUGCCUUGGGAACACCUCCAGUAACUUUCCCAUGA